AUGCCUACUCCAUCCAAUCUGACACAGACACUGGAAUAUGUCUUCAAAAGGAUUUUUGUUACUUACAUGGACAACUGGCGCAGGAACACAACAGCUGAGCAAGAGGCCCUGCAAGCCAAAGUCAAUGCUGAGAACUUCUACUACGUCAUCUUGUACCUUAUGGUUAUGAUUGGAAUGUUCUCUUUCAUCAUUGUAGCCAUCCUGGUGAGCACAGUGAAAUCCAAGAGACGAGAACACUCCAAUGACCCGUACCACCAGUACAUAGUGGAGGACUGGCAAGACAAGUACAAGAGUCAAAUUUUGAACCUAGGAGAACCAAGGGCCACCAUCCACGAGAACCCUGGUGCAGCAGGGCUCAGAAUGUCUCCUUGA